AUGUCAGAGGCUGGCCCUGCCCUGGAGGAGGAGACGGUCAGUGUAAUUAGGGAAAUUUGCUGCCGCCUGACAUGACCAGAAAUACUGCAAGACAGACCGGCAGGAGUGCCAGGCGUGCCCCCUCUUAUUGUUGAGCCACUGGCAGAGGCAAUAAGUAGCAGACAGGACAUCAAACUAGGGAAAUGUAUGUUAUGUCCAUGAUGUCCUGCUUUUAGCCUCUGUCCCUGCCAUAGUAUCAGUUAGUGAAUUGUGAUAAGACCGUGGCUAUUCCGCAGUUUGGAGACCUGACAACUAUCCCACAUUUUCCGUUCAGGUGGUUGACCACAGGGUUCACACAUCUGGAAAUAUUUGUCUCACCUAACCAAAAAGCUAUUUUCAAACUCAACUUCCUUGCAGUGCUCAAGAAAUGUAGAAUUGAUCUCCAAAGGUGGUUUGAUCUUCCCAUCUCAUGGAUUGGCAGGGUGAGCCUUAUUAAGAUGAAUAUCCUCCCACGUUUUGCUCUACCGCAUGCAAAUGAUUCCACCGUGGGAAGAGGUAGACUUAAAAUAUGCUGUACUAUAAUUGGGCAACCCCAUGCCCGCAUCAUUUCUGAAUGGAUACAGGGGUGGGCCAGAGUCUCCAGGGGCUUGUUAAGUGUACUUACUAGUAAUAGUAAACAAAUAUCAUCAAACAUAAAGAAUAACCAAUACAACACAUUACUUGCCAUAUUUUCAAGCAUAGUGGUGGCUGCAUCAUUUAUGGGUACUACUAUCGGUACCGGUACUCCUUGUAUAUAGCCUGGUUAUUUUUAUUGUGUUACUAUUUCCUUUUUUAAAAUUUUGCUAACCCUCUGAUCUAUGGUACAGUGUGAAUAUGGCAGCAGCUGAUGAAGCUCACUGGUAGGAAACGUAUAUCCUCACCAUUGACAAGCAAUAGAGAUUUCCCUCCAUGCUUCAACAUCAGUGUUAUUGGGGACCUAUACUCAAACAAUGUUCUUAUGUCUUUUACAAAUAUACAAGCUAGUUUUGGUAUCCCGCAAAAGCACUUUUAUUGUUUCUUGCAAGUUCAACAUUUUAUUCGGAGAUACAUUACCUCCACAUUACAUUUUUGUCAUUUAUCCAGAGCGACUUACAGUUAGUGCAUUCAUCUUAAGAUAGCUAGGUGGGACAACCACACAUCACAGUCAUAGUAAGUAGCUAUCUGCAAAGUCACAGCUAGCAAGUGGGAAAAAGUCAAGUGGGAGUGUUAGUUCAAGAAGGGGGGUAGCGGGGGGGCUGUGGGAUUAUUUAAAAUACUCUUUGAAGAAGUAGGGUUUCAGGGAUUUUCGGAAGAUGGGCAGGGACUCUGCUGUCCUAGCUUCAGAGGGGAAGCUGGUUCCACCAGAUGGGUCACUGAGGGGUCCAGUUGAAUAAUUUCACCUCCAAUUCAGACUCAAAGGGUAUUACUGGAACCAUGUCGUCCAAAAAGAUAUACUUUUGAAUCAUCUGUCCAUAGAACGUUCUUCCAAGAGUCUUGAUGAUCAUCCAGGUGCUUUUUGGCAAACUUGAGUCAACUUUUUGGAUGAGAUGGGUCCCAUUAUGCCUGGCGAAAACCAAACUCUGCAUUCCACAGUAAGAACAUCAUACCAAAGGUCAAGCAUGGUGGUGGUGGUGUGAUGGUUUGGGGAUGCUUUGCUGCCUCAGGACCUGGAUGACUUGCCUUAAUAGAAGGAGCCAUGAAUUCUGCUCUGUAUCAGAGAAUUCUACAGGAGAAUGUCAGACCAUCCGUCUGUGAGCUGAAGCUGAAACGCAGCUGGGUCAUGCAGCAAGACAAUGAUCCAAAACACACAAUCAAGUCUACAUGACUUGAAACAAGCAGUUCAUGCUUGAAACCCCACACGUCACUGAGUUAAAGCAGGUCUGCAUGGAAGUGGGCCAAAAUUCCUCCACAGCGACGUGAGAGACUGAUCAACAACUACAGGAAGCAUUUACAACAAAGCCUCCUUCACUCAUGCUGCCAAACAUGCCCUCGUAAAACUGACUAUCCUACCGAUCCUUGACUUUGGCGAUGUCAUUUACAAAAUAGCCUCCAACACUCUACUCAGCAAAUUGGAUGUAGUCUAUCACAGUGCCAUCUGUUUUGUCACCAAAGCCCCAUAUGCUACCCACCAUUGUGACCUGUACGCUCUUGUUGGCUGGCCCUCACUACAUAUUUGUCGCCAAACCCACUGGCUCCAGGUCAUCUAUAAAUCACUGCUAGGCAAAUCCCUGUCUUACCUUAGCUCACUGGUCACCAUAGCAAUAGCAACACCCACCUGUAGUCUGCACUCCAGCAGGUAUAUCUCACUGGUCAUCCCCAAAGCCAACACCUCCUUUGGCCGCCAUUCCUUCCAGUUCUCUGCUGCCAAUGACUGGAACGAACUGCAAAAAUCUCUGAAGCUGGAGACUCUUAUCUCCCUCACUAACUUUAAGCGUCAGUUGUCAGAGCAGCUUACCGAUCACUGCACCUGUACACAGCCCAUCUGUAAUUAGCCCACCCAACUACCUCAUCCCCAUAUUGUUAUUUAUUUUGCUCUUUUGCACCCCAGUACUCUAUUUGCACAUCUAUCAUUCCAGUGUUAAUACGAAAUUGUAACUAUUUUGCACUAUGGCCUAUUUAUUGCCUUACCUCCAUAACUUACUACAUUUGCACACACUGUAUAUAUAUUUUCUGUUUGUAUUUUUGACUUUAUGUUUUGUUUACCCCAUAUGUAACUCUGUGUUGUUGUUUUUAUCGCACUGCUUUGCUUUAUCUUGGCCAGGUCGCAGUUGUAAAUGAGAACUUGUUCUCAACUGGCUUACCUGGUUAAAUAAAGGUGAAAUAAAAAUAAAAUUGGUUGGAGUCAUUGCAGCUAAAGGUGGCACAACCAGUUAUUGUGGUCCUCUGUAGCUCAGCUGGUAGAGCAUGGCGCUUGUAACGCCAAGGUAGUGGGUUCGAUCCCCGGGACCACCCAUACACAAAAAAUGUAUGCACGCAUGACUGUAAGUCGCUUUGGAUAAAAGCGUCUGCUAAAUGGCUUAUUAUUAUUAUUAUUGAGUGUAAGGGGGCAAUUACUUUUUCACACAGGGGAAUUGGGUGUUGAAUAACUUUGUUAAUGAAAUAAAUAUGUAAUUGUUGUGUUAUUUGUUCACUUAUGUUCCCUUUAUCUAAUAUUAGGUGUUGGUUGAAGAUCUGAUAACAUUCAUUAUCACAAAUAUGCAAAAGUAGAGAAAAUUAGAAAGGGGGCAAAUACUUUUUCAUAGCACUGUACACUGUUUCUGGGAUUGGCCCUCUAUAGCCAGAUUCUGGUCACUAAUCUCAAAGGAAUGAAGUUCAGUCUUUCAUUGUAAGAUAAAAGUGGAUCCAGGGCUGUUUCUUACCAGAUAGAAACAAGGUUUUGAACCCAUCAAGACUACCCCAGACCAUGACGGACCCUCCACCUCCAAAUCGAUCCCGCUCCAGAGUACAGGUAUCGGUGUAACGCUCAUUCCUUUGACGAUAAAUGCGAAUCCGACCAUCACCCCUGGUGAGACAAAACCGCGACUCGUCAGUGAAGAGCACUUUUUGCCAGUCCUGUCUGGUCCAGCGACGGUGGGUUUGUGCCCAUAGGCGACGUUGUUGCCGGUGAGGACCUGCCUUACAACAGGCCUACAAGCCCUCAGUCCAGCCUCUCUCAGCCUAUUGCGGACAGUCUGAGCACUGAUGGAGGGAUUGUGUGUUCCUGGUGUAACUCGGGCAGUUGUUGUUGCCAUCCUGUGCCUGUCCCGCAGGUGUGAUGUUCGGAUGUACCGAUCCUGUGCAGGUGUUGUUACAUGUGGUCUGCCACUGCGAGGACGAUCAGCUGUCCGUCCUGUCUCCCUGUAGCGCUAUCUUAGGCGUCUCACAGUAUGGACAUUGCAAUUUAUUGCCCUGGCCACAUCUGCAGUCCUCAUGCCUCCUUGCAGCAUGCCUAAGGCAUGUUCACACAGAUGAGCAGGGACACUGGGCAUCUUUCUUUUGGUGUUUUUCAGAGUCAGUAGAAAGGCCUCUUUAGUGUCCUAAGUUUUCAUAACUGUGACCUUAAUUGCCUACCAUCUGUAAGCUGUUAGUGUCUUAAAGACCGUUCCACAGGUGCAUGUUCAUUAAUUGUUUAUGGUUCAUUGAACAAGCAUGGGAAAACAGUGUUUAAACCCUUUACAAUGAAGAUCUGUGAAGUUAUUUGGAUUUUUACGAAUUAUCUUUGAAAGACAGGGUCCUGAAAAGGGCCGUUUCUUUUUUUGCUGAGUUUACUUCUGGUGUCCCAAAACGCAAUGAAACAGUCGGUGUGUUCGAAGCGUAAAAACAGUCGGUGUGUUUCGAAGCGUAAACCUAAAGCCUUGUCGGGAAAAGCAGGAGGCGCAUAUUCUAGAGCUCUGUGCUGCUGUCACUGUGCCACAAUCUGUAGUGCGCCCUCGUUUUGGGCUUGCGUCACAUGCUCCGACUCUGUAGUGCUACAGCUCAUCUACCGUAUUCCUCCUGACCUGAAAGGAUUUGGACAUAGGAUACUGUCCUUUUGUGAGGUGCUGGUUGCACGGGGACGCACCGUAGCUCUCGUCUGGUCUAGUCGGACAUGUUGAUUACUGGGUGGUAUUUAUACCUUGCAGCUCGGAGCAUCCUCAAACAAAGCAAGGAUUUGUUUGUUAUUGUUGUUGUUGUUAUUGUUUGUGCCUUAGGAAGUUAAGGGUUUCCUGCUAGGAUCGACCAGCUCUGCACAGUGAUAUGGUUUGGCUGUUGAUUUAAUGGUUGUGUGUGUGUGUGUAAGAAAUGGGUGUAGGCGAAAGUCAUGCAGGUCUAAAGCCUUAAUCUCUCACCUCUGCUGCCAGCCUGCCAUUUUAAAGCGACACAGCCUUUUUUUUUUUGAGUGCAUCAAUUAUUUAAUGAAACCUAAAUUAAUCCUAGCUGGGUCUGGCAAAGUGUUUGUCCUGCUUGUGUCUGAGGGUUCACUAUUGCAUCUCUUUGGACAUGUAAAAUACUUACUGACCAGGUACACUCUUCCUCCCCACCUGUUUAUCCCUCCCUCCCCUCUUCCUCUCUCCCCCUUCCUUCCUCUCUCUUCCUCCCUCCUCUCUCCCCCCUCUCUCUUCCUCCCUCCUCUCUCCCCCCUCUUUUCCACUCUCUCUCUUCCUCCCUCCUCUCUCCCCCCUCUUUUCCCCUCUCUCUCCCUCCAGCAUUGAACAUGGCCUCUAUCCUUCAGAAGCUCAUCACCCCCCUGUUCAGUGGGACCCCAGAGCCCCCCAGGAACAAGGUGACAGUGGUGGGGGUCGGCCAGGUGGGCAUGGCCUGUGCUGUCAGCAUCCUGCUCAGGGUAAGACCUGACCUGCUGUGUUUUAUGGACUGACUCAUGUCAGACACAUUGCUACUGUAUAACCUGUCUAGUCUAACCCCAAUCUUGUUCUACAGUAUAACCUGUCUAGUCUAACCCCAAUCUUGUUCUACAGUAUAACCUGUCUAGUCUAACCCCCAUCUUGUUCUACAGUAUAACCUGUCUAGUCUAACCCCAAUCUUGUUCUACAGUAUAACCUGUCUAGUCUAACCCCCAUCUUGUUCUAACUGUAUAACCUGUCUAUAAGCUAACCGCCAUCUUGUUCUCUACAGUAUAACCUGUGUCUAGGCUACCCCCAUCUUGUUAUCACGUAUAACCUGUCAGAUCUUGUUCUACAGUAUAACCUGUCUAGGCUAACCCCCAUCUUGUUCUACAGUAUAACCUGUUACUACAGUAGUAUCUGGAUUACUCUCUGCUCAUCUCUCAGUAGUCUGUAUUACACAAACAUUCCCUCUUUAUUAGUGCUAUAACAAUGUUGUUACUAUGCUUUUGUGCUGGUGUUAUUGCUCGUGUAGGAACACCUCGUUCAUUGUGUGUUCAACUCAUUUAUAAAACAUAGAUUGUUAGAAGUACAAAUGCAAAUGAUAUGUAAUCAAUAAUAUUACCAUUUACUUAUAUGAAUUACCUGUAUGGGGUAAUCCCCCCCCCCCCCCAUCUCUCUGCAGGAGCUAGCUGAUGAACUGGCCUUGGUGGACGUGAUGGAAGACAAGCUGAAGGGAGAGAUUAUGGAUCUGCAGCACGGCAGCCUCUUCCUUAAAACACCCAAGAUAGUCGCCGGCAAAGGUUAGUCUGUAGCAAUGGGACACUAGGAAACCAGAGAGCCAAGAUGGCCGCCCCCUGCGUGUCAAAUGUCUUUGUGAUAUUCAGUACCCUUACUGACUGAGGGGACCACGAUAUAAAUACAUGUUUUGACUUUUUAGUAUAAUUCUCAACGAUUUUAUUGGUCACGUUGUCUUUUAAUAUGUGUUAAAAUGUUCUAAUAAACUAAAAUUGAACUUCUUAAUUUCUCUCCCACGGCCAGACUACUCUGUGACGGCUAACUCUCGCAUCGUCGUGGUAACGGCGGGCGUACGUCAACAGGAAGGAGAGAGCAGGUUGAAUCUGGUACAGAGGAAUGUCAACAUCUUUAAACACAUCAUCCCCCAGAUCAUCAAACACUCCCCCAACUGUAUCAUCAUCGUGGUCACCAACCCAGGUACACACACACACACACACACACACACACACACACACUAGUGUUAGUGACUCCAAUUAUUUGUUAAAGCAGUGUAGUCUAAGCCCAGAUGUCUCUCCCUGGCCGUAGUUGAUGUGCUGACCUAUGUGACCUGGAAGUUGAGCGGCCUGCCUAAGUACCGCGUCAUCGGCAGCGGCACCAACCUGGACUCCGCCCGCUUCCGUUACCUGAUGGCCGACAAACUGGGCAUCCACGCUACCAGCUUUAACGGAUGGAUCCUGGGAGAACACGGAGACACCAGUGGUAAGUGUCCGGUGUGUGUGUGCGUUUGUGCACGCGCGUGUGUGUGGUGCGUAAUUAGGACAAAUGAAAAAAUACACACUCAGGAAGUCAGGACAUGUGUGUUUUUGUACCAUUCAAAUUUGCUUUUGAAUUCUUCUACUAUAAAUAGUAGCAACCCCCUCCUUUAGGGUUACUGUGAUAAAGGUGAGACGUGAGAGACCUGUUAAUCUGUCUGGGCCUUAAGAAGUGAACCUUUAAUUAGGUUAACACUGUGAGUGUUCUCUAGUCCCUGUGUGGAGCGGUGUUAACGUAGCAGGCGUUAACCUGCAGACGCUGAACCCUGACAUCGGUACUGAUGCUGACCAGGAGAACUGGAAGGAGACGCACAAGCAGGUGGUCAACAGGUAAUGUAGGCCUACACAGUCCUAUUCAAGCAACCUGUUAUCUCUAUUACUAUUGGUGUAAAUUGUUGUCAAUUAAAAUGUAAUUUCUGUAGUUCUGCUCUCUCACUGUAAUGGAGUUCUGUAAAUGUAGUGCUUAAGGUCACAACGGCAGUCUGGUUGCCUGCUCACUUCCACAAUAAUCUUUACUGUCAGCCCUGGGAUUCGAACUGGCAACCUACCGGUUACUACCCUGCUUCUCGAACUGCAAGGCUACUGAGAUUUUAAAAUGUGACUGUGUGAGUUUCAGUGCCUAUGAAGUGAUCAAGCUGAAGGGCUAUACUAACUGGGCCAUCGGCCUGAGUGUAGCUGACCUGACAGAGAGUCUGAUCAGGAACAUGAACAGGAUCCACCCUGUCUCUACCAUGGUCAAGGUAAGAAGGACACACACAGUACUGUAUAUGUAAGUGAGAGUGUAGAAUGUGUGUAAGUGUGUAGACAAUGUAUGUAAUGUACAAGCACACACCUACACCCACAGAUUACAGUAUACCCAAUGCACAACACAACAACACAUAUAUAUUAUAUAGAGAUAUAUCCAGUAGUGUUCUCCACUCAUUACCUGUAUUAACUGCACCUGUUUGAACUCGUUACCUGUAUAAAAGACACCUGUCCACACACUCAAUCAAACAGACUCCAACCUCUCCACAAUGGCCAAGACCAGAGAGCUGUGUAAGGACAUCAGAGAUAAAAUUGUAGACCUGCACAACGCUGGGAUGGGCUACAGGACAAUAGGCAAGCAGCUUGGUGAGAAGGCAACAACUGUUGGCGCAAUUAUUAGAAAAUGGAAGAAGUUCAAGAUGAUGGUCAAUCACCCUCGGUCUGGGGCUCCAUGCAAGAUCUCACCUCGUGGGGCAUCAAUGAUCAUGAGGAAGGUGAGGGAUCAGCCCAGAUCUACACGGCAGGACCUGGUCAAUGACCUGAAGAGAGCUGGGACCACAGUCUCAAAGAAAACCAUUAGUAACACACUACGCCGUCAUGGAUUAAAAUCCUGCAGUGCACGCAAGGUCCCCCUGCUCAAGCCAGCGCAUGUCCAGGCCCGUCUGAAGUUUGCCAAUGACCAUCUGGAUGAUCCAGAGGAGGAAUGGGAGAAGGUAAUGUGGUCUGAUGAGACAAAAAUAGAGCUUUUUGGUCUAAACUCCACUCGCCGUGUUUGGAGGAAGAAGAAGGAUGAGUACAACCCCAAGAACACCAUCCCAACCAUGAAGCAUGGAGGUGGAAACAUCAUUAUUUGGGGAUGCUUUUCUGCAAAGGGGACAGGACGACUGCACCGUAGGAUGGAUGGGACCAUGUAUCGCGAGAUCUUGACCAACAACCUCCUUCCCUCAGUAAGAGCAUUGAAAAUGGGUCGUGGCUGGGUCUUCCAGUAUGACAACGACCCGAAACACACAGCCAAGGCAACUAAGGAGUGGCUCCGUAAGAAGCAUCUCAAGGUCCUGGAGUGGCCUAGCCAGUCUCCAGACCUGAACCCAAUAGAAAAUCUUUGGAGGGAGCUGAAAGUCCGUAUUGCCCAGCGACAGCCCCGAAACCUGAAGGAUCUGGAGAAGGUCUGUAUGGAGGAGUGGGCCAAAAUCCCUGCUGCAGUGUGUGCAAACCUGGUCAAGACCUACAGGAAACGUAUGAUCUCUGUAAUUGCAAACAAAGGUUUCUGUACCAAAUAUUAAGUUCUGCUUUUCUGAUGUAUCAAAUACUUAUGUCAUGCAAUAAAAUGCAAAUUAAUUACUUAAAAAUCAUACAAUGUGACUUUCUGGAUUUUUGUUUUAGAUUCCGUCUCUCACAGUUAAAGUGUACCUAUGAUAAAUAUUACAGACCUCUACAUGCUUUGUAAGUAGGAAAACCUGCAAAAUCGGCAGUGUAUCAAAUACUUGUUCUCCCCACUGUGUGUAUAUAUAUAUAUAUAUAUAUAUAUAUAUAUAUAUAUAUAUAUAUAUAUAUAUAUAUAUACAGUACCAGUCAAAAGUUUGGACACACCUACUCAUUCAAGGGUUUUUCUUUAUUUGUACUAUUUUCUACAUCGUAGAAUAAUAGUAAGGACAUCACAACUAUGAAAUAACACAUAUGGACUCAUGUGUCUCCCGAGUGGCACAGUGGUCUAAGGCACUGCAUCGCAGUGCUAACUGUGCCACUAGAGAUCCUGGUUCGAAUCCAGGCUCUGUCGCAGCCGGCCGCGACCGGGAGACUCAUGGGCGGCGCACAAUUGGCCCAGCGUCGUCCAGGGUAGGGGAGGGAAUGGCCGGCAGGGAUGUAGCUCAGUUGAUAGAGCAUGGCGUUUGCAACGCCAGGGUUGUGGGUUCGAUUCCCACGGGGGGCCAGUAUAAAAAAAAUAAUAUAUAUAUGUAUUCACUAACUGUAAGUCGCUCUGGAUAAGAGUGUCUGCUAAAUGAUUAAAAUGUAAAAAUGUAAUGUAGCAACCAAAAAAGUGUUAAACAAAUCAUAAUAUAUAUUAUAUUUGAGAUUCUUCAAAUAGCCACCCUUUGCCUUGAUGACAGCUUUGCACACUCUUGGCAUUCUCUCAACCAGCUUCACCUGGAAUGCUUUUUCAACAGCCUUGAAGGAGUUCCCACAUAUGCUGAGCACUUGUUGGCUGCUUUUCCUUCACUCAGCUCUCCGACUCAUCCCAAACCAUCUCAAUUGGGUUGAGGUCGGGGGAUUGUGGAGGCCAAGUCAUCUGAUGCAGCACUCCAUCACUCUCCUUCUUGAUAAAAUAGCCCUUACACAGCCUGGAGGUAUGUUGGGUUAUUGUCCUGUUGAAAACAAAUGAUAGUCCCACUAAGCGCAAACCAGAUGGGAUGGCGUAUCGCUGCAGAAUGCUGUGGUAGCCAUGCUGGUUAAGUGUGCCUUGAAUUCUAAAUAAAUCACAGACAGUGUCACCAGCAAAGCACCAUAACACCUCCUCCUCCAUGCCUUACGGUGGGAACUACACAUGCGGUGAUCAUCCGUUCACCCACACCGCGUCUCACAAAGACACAGCGGUUGGAACCAAGAAUCUCACAUUUGGACUCCAGAACAAAGGACACAUUUCCACUGGUCUAAUGUUGCUCGUGUUUCUUGGCCCAAGAAGGUAUCUUCUUCUGAUUGGUGUCCUUUAGUAGUGGUUUCUUUGCAGCAAUUUGACCAUGAAGGCCUGAUUCACACAGUCUCCUCUGAACAGUUGAAGUUGAGAUGUGUCUGUAACUUAAACUCUGUGAAGCAUUUAUUUGGGCUGCAAUUUCUGAGGCUGGUAACACUAAUGAACUUAUCCUCUGCAGCAGAGGUAACUCUGGGUUUUCCAUUCCUGUGGCGGUCCUCAUGAGAGCCAGUUUCAUCAUAGCGCUUGAUGGUUUUUGCCACUGCACUUGAAUAAACUUUCAAAGUUCUUGAAAUGUUCCGUAUUGACGGACCUUCAUGUCUUAAAGUAAUGAUGGACUGUCGUUUCUCUUUGCUUAUUUGAGCUGUUCUUGCCAUAAUAUGGACUUGGUCUUUUACCAAAUAGGGCUAUCUUCUGUAUACCACCCCUACCUUGUCACAACACAACUGAUUGGCUCAAAUGCAUUAAGAAGGAAAUAAAUUCCACAAAAUAACUUUUAAGAAGGCACACCUGUUAAUUGAAAUGCAUUCCAGGUGACUACCUCAUGAAGCUGGUUGAGAGAAUGCCAAGAGUGUGCAAAGCUGUCAUCAAGGCAAAGGGUGGCUAUUUGAAGAAUCUCAAAUAUAAAAUAUGUUUUGAUUUGUUUAACACUUUUUUGGUUACUACAUGAUUCCAUAUGAUGUUAUUUCAUAGUUUUGAUGUCUUCACAAUUAUUCUACAAUGUAAAAAUAAAGAAAAACCCUUGAAUGAGUAGGUGUGUCCAAACUUUUGACUGGUAGUGUUUAUAUAUAUAUAUAUAUUAGUACAUACAACAGAUAUAAAUGCAUGCACACAAAUUACACACACCCCUACACUGCUCUAAAUUGUCCAUGCUGUUGAUCUAUAGGGCAUGUACGGGAUCAAGGACGAGGUGUACCUGAGUCUGCCGUGUGUCCUGAACGCUGGUGGCGUGGCCAGCGUGGUCAACAUGACUCUGACGGACGACGAGAUUGGCCAAUUAAAACAGAGCGCUGACACACUGUGGGGCAUCCAGAAGGACCUGCCGGAUGUGUAACAGAACACCAGGGGGCGCUACACUCCAUUUACCCCCAGGGUGGUCCCAAUAAUAUAUCCUUUGUCC